GAUGUAUUUGAUGGGGGUCAUAUGGGCUAUCACAGUUAGUCUGUUCCAGAGCGUCUUAGGAGGCCAUGUGGAGUGCUUUGUGUUCAAAAGUUAAUAUUUUUUUUUCUUAUUAUUGGAAACUUAAUUGUGUCACUUUUUUAACUUAAAUAUAACUGGGAGGUGUUUAUUUGACAAAUGGUAGACACUUCUGGAGCUUAUCUUUUAAGAAGAUUGUUUUAAUUUACAGAUGAUUGCCGGGACUAAUACAGCUGAUGAAAUAAAUACCUGCCCUUUUCUGCUGAAGAGGCUGGUUUAAUUGAUUCACUUUCCUCCUAAGUGUGGGAAGUAAAAAAGUCAAAGUUUCUCAAAAAGUUAUAGUUUGAGCAUUCAACGACAGUACCUUUUGACUUUGAUCUUCAACAUGCAGGGCAGACAAGGAUAUUGCAGCUAUUGCUGUGUGCCCUAUACUAAUCUGGAUCAGCAUAUGUCCAGUCCUCAGCAUAUGUACUUGACCACACAGAAUAGACAACGGAUGGGUGGUUCCAAUAGUUUGAUGGAACGUUUCUUGCAGGACGUACUGCGGCACCACCCAUAUCAUUAUCAAGAAAGCAGAUCAAGACAAAAUGAGAGACCUCUUAGGAAUAAUGCGGCACCUUCUGAAGUGGUUCCAAUUGAUGAUUCUGUUUCUGAAGAAAUGGCUAAUAAUGCUACUGGAGUCAGAGGAGAGAUAGCCACCAGAAGUUCUGAACCUAUUGAAGAGUUGUAUUCUAGACCUAGUAAAUCUCAGGAAUGUAUACAGGGUGUUCCAAUUCGACCUUCAGUUAUUCAAAAAUUGGAGAAGGGGCAACAGCAGCCCUUGGAAUUUGUUUAUAAAAUUGGGAGUGGCUUGAAAGAAUUUAAUCCAGUAGGUGUUGGUCAAGAUACAAAUAAUGGAAAAAACCUAUUAUGUCCCUCAGUGAUUUCUACUGCUCCUGCUCGUCAUUUACCUGAAAGUUCUUAUGCUCGACCAGUUAUAACUAGUACUACUAGCUUACCACUAGUGGCCAAUUUGGAUUCAGGUAACAAAUGUGAUCCAAACAAAGUUGACAGAUAUCUUGAACAGCGAGACGGGGGCUCUAGAAAUCCUAUGCUCUCAUCCCAUCUAGAAACUUCUUCACUUUUACAUCUGAAACCUAAAGAAUCAAAUACAGAAUCUGUAUGUAUAAAUUCAGAUAAAUUGAUUAUACAGGAAGAUGUAAAAUCUCGGGGUAAAACUUUGUCAACUGGCUUUAAAUCUCAUACAUUAAUGGGUACUGAAGGCUCCUUAAAAAUUGAAUCUCUUUCCAAGUUAGCAGAUAACCCAGCAAUCAAUCUGAAUAAAACUGAUAUGCCUUCUAAUAAAGGAAUCUUUGAAGGUGCCAUUCCAAAGCACCAUGAGAAAUUCUUUCCUAAUAUGGAUCAUACCCAAGAAAAAAAGCAUUUGGUUUUUAACAAGCCAGCCUCUUUGGAACAGAAAAACGCAGUGAGUUCUAAAAUGGAGUUUGCUUGUGGCUCUCAGUCAGUGUCUGUUCAACCUGAAGCGGCUGUACAAGACCUUCAGAGUGAGGAGCAAAUUGACCAAGAAGAUAAGACCUAUGAGUCAAGAGGUUCUGAAAUGAGUUUUGAUUGCAGUUCCUCUUUUUAUUCACUGACUAACCAAUCUAAAGUGACUGCCAAAGAAACAAACCUUUCAAAGGAAGGAUGUGCUGAUUUGCAGCAUAAGAAUAAUAAAGCUUAUGUUUCUGAAAUAAGUUCUGAUUGCAAUGGCCCUCUUCAGUUGGCUACCAACCGAAUUCAAGUGAUUGUUAAAGGCAUUAGUGUUCAGAAGGCAGUGCGUGUUCGCCUGGUUGAUGAAAGCUAUGAUUCUAGUGAUUCUGAGAUGAAUUUUGAUGGUGAUACCUCACUUCAGCCAACUGAUGACUAUGCACAACAGCCUGCAAAAGAAGUAGACCUUCCUAAGGAGGCACACAUUGAAUUGGUGGAUAAGAACUAUGGAUCUAGUAGCUCUGAAAUAAGUGCCGAUUCUGUUUUACCACUUCAGUCAGUGAUUGACCGACUCCCAGUGACUGUCACUGAAACAGAACUUCAGAAGAAGGUUCACACUGGCUUGGUUGAUAAGAACUAUGGAUCCAGUUGUUCAGAAACAAGUUUUGAUUGUGAUGUACCUCUUCAGUCAGUAAUUGUCCAUCCCAAACUGGCUGUCAAAGAAAGAAAUCUGAAGGAUAGGCCUGUCUACCUGAAAGACAACCACAAAUCCAGUAGUGCUAAAGCACAUCUUGAUUGUGGUAUCUCUCCUGAGGCAGUGACUGAUGAACCUCAGAGAGCUGCUGAAGAAAUAAAUCUUCCAAAAGAGAAGAAUGACCUUGUGGAUAUGAACUGUGAAUAUUAUAGUCCUGAAAUGAAUAUCCACUCUGAUGCUCAAUUAGUGGCUGAUCAACCUCAAACAGUUCAGGAAGUAAACCCUCAAGAAGUAGCUGUUGACCUGCAGAAUAAGAGUGCUAAAUCUAGUGUUUCUGAUCUAAGUGUUAUUUCUCAUGCUUCUCUUUAUCAGUCAGCUAAUGAACAACCUCAUGGAGCUCUGGGCGAAAUAAAUAUGAAAGAAAAUGUUGACAUGGAAGUUAAGAGCUAUGGGUGCUCCAGUUCUGAGUUGACUUUUGAUUCUGAUCCCCCUCUUCAGUCAGUUCCUGAGCAUUCUGAGCUGAAUGUUGAAGAAAUAAGAAAAAAGCACAUUAACCUGGAAGAUGAGAGCUGUGGGUCAAAUAGUUCUGAAAUAACUUUUGAUUCUGAUAUUCCUCUUUGCUCAGCAGUUGACCAGUCUCAAGUAGCUGAGGAGGAACAUACUGAUCAGGAAUAUAAGAAGAAUGAAACUUGUGUUUCUGAAACAGUUUUUGAUUCUGAUAUACCUCUUCCUUCAGGGACUGAUCAACCUGAAGUAGCUGUUAAAGAAGUAAUCAUUCAGAAAGAAGACUAUGUACCCUUAGGAAGGAAGAAUGAUGAACCCAGUGGUUCUGAAAUAAGUUUGGAUUCUUAUGUCCCUCGUCUUUCAGUGACAAAUUCUUCUGGAGUACUUGUUAAAAGGCCGACUCUUCAAAAAGAAGAACAGGUGCCCUUUGAAAGUAAGGAAAAUGAACCUAGUGUUUCUGAAUUAAGUCUGAAUUAUGAUAGUUUUCAUUCAACAAUUGGACAUUCUCAAGAUCCCAUUAAAGAAGUAGACCUUCAGAAAGAAGAACACGUGCAGUUAGAAAACAAGAGUAAUGAACCUAGUGUUCCUGAAAUCAGUUUGAAAUCUUAUAUUUCUCAUUUAGUGACCGAUCAUCCUGACAGAGCUGUGAAAGAAAUAAAUCAGAAAGAAGAACGAAUAAACUUAGAAGAUAAAGGUAAUGAAUUAAGUGUUUCUGAAACAAGAUUGGAUUUUGGUAUUCCUCUUCAGUCAGUGAUUCAAAGAACUGAUGUAGUACUUAAAGAAAUGUGGCUUCAAAAAGAAAAGCAUGCUAAAUUCAAAGGCACAAGUCCUGAAUUUAGCAGUUCUGAAAUAAAUUUGGAUUCUGAUGUCUCUCAUCAUUCAGUGACUGAACCUCAAAUAGCUGUUAAAGAAAUUAAUGUUCAGAAAGAAGAAUGUGUUUUAGAAAACAAGAGUGAUAAAUAUAGUGGUUCUGAAAUAAUUUUGGAUUCUGAUGUCCUUCCUCAGUCGAUGACUGAAAAACCUCAGAUAGCUGCUUUGGAGGAUGUCCAUGUUGACCCAGAAGAUGAAAGUACUGAAUCUAGAGAUUUUGAAAUAAGUUUAGAUAUUGGUCCCCCUCAUCUGUCAGUCACUGAGAAAUCUCAGCUAGCCCUUUUAAAGGAAAAACAUGUUGAUCUGGAAGACACAAGAAGGGAACCUAGUGAUUGUAAAGUAAAUUUUGAGUCUGAUGACCCUCUUCAGCCAUUGACUGAACAAUUUCAGGAAGUGACUAAAACAACAAACCUGUGGAAGGUAGAGGAUAAUGGCCUAGAAAAAGUCGAUAGACCUAACGAUUCUAAAUUAAUACAGGAUUCUGAUGUUUCUCCGCAGUCUGUGCCUGAUCAACCUGAAGCAGCUGUUAAACAAAUAAACCUUGAGAAUGAAGGUCAUGUGUACUUGGAAGAUAAUAACAGCCAAUAUAGUAGUUCUGAAAUGAGUUUGGAUUCUGACUUCUUGGUUCAGUCAACAGUUGAUCAAUCUCAAAUAACUAUUUUGGAGAAGGAGCAUAUUGAGCUAGAAGAUAAACACAAUAAAUCUUGUGGUUCUGAAAUAAGUUUUGACUCUGAUGACCCUCUUCAGUCAGUGGCUGACCAGGUUAGAGAAACUGUUAAAGAAAUAAGCCUUUGGAAGGAUGAAGAUGUGGAAGAGAAGAGGGAUAAAUCUAAGGGUUUUGAAAUUAUGUAUGAUUCUGAUGUCCUUUUUCAGUCAGUGGCUGGCCAAACUGAGGAAAUUGUUAAGGAGAUCAACCUCUGGAAGAAGCCUGUAGACUUGGAAGGUAAGAUUGUCGAACCUAGUGAUUCUAAAAUAAAUUUUGACUCUAAUGAACCUUUUCAUUCUGUGGCUAAUGAAAUUCAAGAGGCAACUACAGAAAUAAAUCUUCUGAGGGAGGGACAUGUUUAUCUACAUGAUAAAGGCUAUGAACCCAAUGAUUCUGCAGUGAUUUAUGUUUCAAAUGUCCAUCUUCAAUCAGCAGUUGAGCAACCACACAUUUUGGAAGAAGAACAUGUCAAUUUGGAAGAUAAGAGCAAUGAUCUUUGUGUUCCUGAAAUAAGUUUUGCUUAUGAUGAUCCUCUUCAGUCUGUGACUGACCAGCUUGAAAAAGCUGUUGAAGUAAGUCUUUGGAAGGAAGACCAUAUUUACCUGGAAGAUAAGGGCUAUAAAUUAGGUGAUUUUCAAAUAAGUUGUGAUUCUGAUGCUCCUGUUCAGUUAGUGGUUGAUCAAUCUCCUGUGGCUGUCAAACAAAUAAACUUGGAAAAGGAGGAUCAUAAUGACCUAGAAAAUCAGAACUGUGAACCUAGUGUCUCUGAAAUAAAAUGUGAUUCUGGUAUUCAUCUUCAGUUAGAAGUUGACCAACCUGAAAUGGUUUGCAAAGAAAUGAACCUUCAGAGGGUAGUGCAUCUUGGCAUGGAAGAAAAGACUAGUGAUUCUGAUAUAAUGUCUGAUUCUGAUGUCCCUCUUCAAAUAGUAAUUAAUGAAUUUCAAGUGUCAGUCAAAGAAGCAAAUCUUCAAAAGAUGCUGCUUGUGGACCUGGUGACUGGUGAUAGUGAUUGUGAAAUGAUUGCUGAUUCUGAUAUCCAAUGUCAGCCAGUGAUUGACUCACCUCAAGUGACUGUCGGAGGAAUUGACUGUAUAAAUGCAAAAAGUUUUGCUCUAGAAGGUGAGUGCUAUGACUGUUGUGAUUCUGAACUAGGAUAUGUUUGUGAAGCCUCUCCUCAAUCAGAGUCAAACCAAUCCCGAAAGACAUUCAAAGUGGUAAACCAGAAGAAAGACUACAUUAUUCUGGAAGAGUCAGCCUGUGAGUCUUACGGUUCUGAAGUAAAUUUUCAAAAUGAUGCCUCUCAUCAGUCUAUGACUUACCAGUCACCAGGGUCUGACAAAAAAAAGGCAAAACAUAUUGAUAAGAGCUGUGAAUCUAAUAAUCCUAAAAGAAAAUAUAAAGGGAAAGACACUUCUCAGCCAGCGACUCGUCAACUGCAGAAAGCUGAAAAAGUAGACAACAUUUGGAAAAAUCGAGAAACUAGUGGCCUAAAAGAUAAGAGCUGUGAAGGCAGUGUUUCUGCAAUAGAUUGUAAUGCCUCUUCUGAAUCAGUGAUUCUUCAAAUGGCUGAUGAAGAUAACCUUUUGAAGUCAAAACAUACAGAUCCAGAAAGUAAGAGGUGUGAACCUAGUGGUUCUGUGGUGAGUUUGCAGUGUGUUCCCUCUCAUCAAUCUGACGCUGACCAGCCUCAAGAAGGUGUUAAGAAGGUGUCUUUUAACCUGAAAGAAGUGAACCAUGAUUCCCAUUCAAGCUCUGUUCCCAAGGUUGAUUCUGUAAGGAACCUGAAAAAAACAAGGGAGGCCAUAGAAGAUAAUACUGAUGAACCAGUUCUUGAAGCCUUGCCUCAUGUCCCUCCUUCAUUUGUGGGGAAAACAUGGUCUCAAAUAAUGAGAGAAGAUGACAUGAAAAUUAAUGCUCUUGUGAAGGAAUUUAAGGAAGGUCGUUUCCACUGUUACUUUGAUGAUGACUGUGAGACCAGGAAAGUAAAAAAAAAAAAUUUGAAUGAAGAAAAAAAGAUGACCUCGGCUGACCUUAAUGAUACUGCUUUCAUUCAAGUCCUGUUAGACUGUGAUUAUAAUAUUGAUGACUUUUCAGUAGCCUUAGAUAAACCUAGCCAUCACCCUACAGAAAAGAGGCCUUAUGAACAAACAUGGCGAGUGGCUUCUAGAUGCCAGGCUGUAAAAGUCAGCCAUGGAACUCAAACCAAUCUCAUGAGUUACUUAGUGACAAAAAGAAUAAGUGGACAAGAGGAAGACUCGCCAACACUGAAGCGUUUACUUUUACACAACGACAGAAAACCAAAAAAAAUCGAAAUUGGAACAGUUGAAUUUCUUGAAUCAUAUACUAACAUUUUGAAGCCUUUGCACCCCAAUGCCUUAGUCUAUGUUCUUUCUUCAAAUAUUAAGCUGAAGGAAGGUGAAUCCUUCAACUUCUCUAAAAUAAGGCGCCGUAGCGAUAAAAACAAUCAGGACUUUAGCAUCCAGUACAAAUACAAACAGAGUUCCUUUAAUUAUUAUGACCCAUUGAAUAAACAAAUCGUGAUUAAUCCUCCUCUGAACAUAGAAGUAUCAGAACCUGACAGGAAUAACUGGGUUCAGAUUCAUUUUAGUGACCUGAACUCCAGUGCAGGAGAUGACGAUGCUCAUGUACAAAGCUCUACUUCAGCGCCUUUUAUGACAGUGUCAGUAAGACAUGAAUUAAUGUCACACCAGGGGCCCAGUGGGUCUUCUGUGUUUCUGGCAAAAUCAGAGACCUUGAAUUCUGGUGAAGUUCCGAAGAAAAGUAAUUUCCAGUUAACUCUCUUAAAUGGUGAUGCUGCCAAAAUCUCGCCAAAAUCAGUGAGAAAUAAGUAUUUAGAAAGUAAAAAGAAAGUCCAGAGAAGGAAGGCGACAACUGAUAAUAAGCCAGGUUUACUUAAAAAGGUUUACAGACCAGUUAUUCUCCAGCAAAAAUCCAGAAUCACAUCAGAAAAACAGUCCAUUUGGAUUCGGACCAAACUAAAUGAUAUAAUUAGAAAGUAUAUUUCAAAAUACUCUGUUUUUUUGCGUCGCAAAUAUCAGUCCAGGAGGGCUUUUAUUGGAAUGCAACUUAAGAAGACAAAAUCUGAUGUCAGUAGGUUCGAGAAGGCAAAGAGACCAGCUAAAAUACUUUCGAACUCAGUUCCAUCAACUGGUGCUGAAGAGCAGUUAAGAGCUAUAAAGAGCUCUUAUCCCAAGCAAUGUGUGCAGGAUUCUUCCAGCAUUGUAGGAACUAAGAGGAAUGGUAAUAAAAAACGCCCGAGAAAAAAGCAAAAAAAGCGUCCUAAGCCUGUUAGAAUAUAUGAAUUGAGAAGUUUAUAUUCUCAGGUGCCAUAUACUGAUAGAAUGAUGACUCGACUAUUACACAAAUUGUUGCUCAGUAAGGUCAACUAGAACUGUUUGUGUUGAAGGUUGUUGAGGAUUCAGGACUUCAAUUGAAAUAUAUUUGGUAAUUAGUGAACAUAGCUCUCCCAACUUUGGCAAAAAAAUUAACCUUCAACUAUUUUGCUACAGACAUCAUUUUUCAGAACUUUUAUAUUAUUUUAAAAUUAGUGUUUAAGGUCCUUUUUGUUAAAGAUUCAAAAGACCCUUUGUCCAUUUGCUAUAGAACUUCAUCUUAAUUUAUGUCACAUAAUUUAGCACAGUAUAUAUAAUUUUCUCCCCCAAAUCAAGUUGUCCUCAUUUAUUCUUUAUGAUUGUAUUUCAUGUCAGCAGGUUAUAAUAUUACAAGAAUUAAUAUGGCAAACAUUUAUUGCUAUCUUAUUUUUACUUUUCAAAAAUGGGAACAAUGAAUGUGUACUUAUAUUCAGUGUGUUUCAGAGUGGCACUGUUAAUAUUGUAUUCUGACUGGAUAAUUAAAAAGAAGAAACUUAUAAUCUCAACUUUUGAGUGAGGUCGACUUAAUCACAAAUGAGAUAUAAUUUAUCUUUCUUUUAAAAGCAUUCCAGAUAAUAAGAUUCCAUAAUCUUUAAUCCAGGUUUAAAAAACUGCCUGGUAAUUUUAUAUACAUAGCACAAACUCCUUCUGCUUUAUUUAAAAUGGAUCUGCAAGUCUCUAACUUUCCACAUUUCAACACGCACAUAUACAAUCUCUGUAAUAUACAAUCUGUUUUCCUUUAGCAUUAUUGUAUCUUAAGGGGAAAGUGAUCUUGCCAGUGUGAGUAUACUUUUCUGUCACCUUUAUUCCCCUGCACCUGAAGGGUUGGUGGUUUGAUAGGAGAAUCCAGGUUAUUUUAUGGCCUUAUCGCUUUAAAAUGUUUUAGGCACUACCAUAUUACUUUUUAAUAGCUUGAGCUGAAAUUAUUGGUUUGGUAAUUUGGGCAGACCAUUGAUUGUUGUCAUUAACCAAUUAUUUAUAAUCUUGAUAUCAGAAAAGAUCUAAUAAAAUUGACCCCUCAAGUGGGGGCUGGUUUUGCAAGUGAGAAAGUAUGUAUUUGUACAUUAUUUUGGUUUUCCUUAAACUUGUUAUUUUUUUGUUGUUGAACUGAAUGAAUGAAUGGGAAGCAUAUCCUGUUUUUAAAAUAUGUUUUUAUUUUUAGAGAGAGAGGAAAGGGGAGAGAUAGAGAGAGAAACUUUAUCGAUGAGAGAAAGAUCAUCGAUCAGCUGACUCUUGCUCCCCCCCACUGGAGAUCGAGCCCAAAACCCGGGCAUGUGCCCUGACCAGGAAUCAAACCGGUGACCUCUUGGUUCCUGGGUCGAUGCUCAGCUGCUGAGCCAGGCUGGCCAGGCAAACUUGCUAACCAUUUUAAUGAUCCAAUAGAAGAUGUUAAGAUACGCAGAUUAGGUCUGAGAUACUCAGAAUAUGUUUAGAUCCUUUAUUCAGGGACACUGCUUGAGCUAGUACAGAUGUGUCCAAUAAUCCUUAAGCCAAGGAUUCUGGAUUCUUUUGUAUCGUUAAUGUUAAAGGAAAACAUGAAUUUCAACUCUAUUGUAUAAACCAUAUUUCAUUGAAACUAUAUCAGUGUACCAUGAUUUCAGAGAUAAAAGUGUGUUGUUAUCUUAGAAUUAAUGAAAUAUAGUGUUGUAACAGUUGAUUUCUAAAUGUAGUUUUAUUUCAGGGGCCAUUAUUUAACCUGUGCGUAUGUUAUGAUGGUGUUAUGUUCUGAUUUCUUUACUUCUAAAUUUAAAGCAGUAAUUAUGUUGAAAAAUGGACAAAUGUUUAUAUUUUUAGUGGUAAAGCAACUUUAACCUUGCCUCAUAUAAAAAUACUUUAAUUUCCUUUCUUAAAAUAUCACUGUGGAUUACUGGCUUAAAAUAAUUCUCCAAUUUUAAUUUAGGAAGAAUACUGUCCUACUGAUUAGGAAGUAAACAAGAAGCUAAUAUAUAAAAAUAUUCUACUUGUGAGUAUUGGUGUCUUUUUUUCUACGAAGUAGAUGUAUAAUUCCCUUAAGUGCUAUCAGUAGGCAUUCUGCAUACUUUUAAUGUAAAUUUAAAAGCUAGGGAUCAUAUGGAAAUAAUGUACUGUGUAAUUAUGAUAUAUCGUAUCUGUUGUGAUUACAUCAUGCAAAGAGGACAGU